GUGCGCGAGACAGAGAGACAGGAGGCGCGAGACAGAGAGACAGAGGAGGGCAAAGAGAGAGACCUCGUCACAGCGAUCCUUCCCACACUAUAACACAAAAACCGCCUCCGUUAUAGAUUUCACUGAAUCUGAAACAACAGGUUUUUGGAGAACGACGCAUAAGAACUCCAGAGAAGGAGAAACAUUUUCCAUCACGAACAUGGCGCGUUUCCGGACGGUUCUCUGGUCUCUCCUGUGUUUAUUGGAAUGCGGGUUAAUUUCCGCCUUCAACCUGGACACAGAGAACGUGAUCAAGAAAACCGGGGAUCAAAACAGCUUGUUCGGGUUCUCACUCGCCCUCCACCGACAACUCGAACCGACUGAUAAAAGAAUGCUGCUGGUUGGUGCUCCCAGGUCAAAGAAACUACCCAAUCAGAUGUCACCAAUAACAGGAGGCUUGUACAAUUGUGAUAUCACCUCCACCAGUUCAGCCUGCCAGCGAGUUAAUUUCGACGAUAAUGAGGACCUGUCCAAGGAGAGCAAAGAUAACCAGUGGAUGGGUGUCACAGUGCAGAGUCAAGGACCAGGGGGCAAGAUUUUGACAUGUGCACAUCGCUACCAGAAGAGACAAUAUAAAAACUUGCCUCAGGAGACGCGGGACAUCACGGGCCGCUGCUACCUGCUCAGUCAGCAGCUGAAAAUCGACGAGAACUCUGGUGACGAGGGAGGAGACUGGAGCUUCUGCGAGGGCCGAGCCAGGGGUCACGAGCGAUUCGGCUCCUGCCAGCAAGGUUUCUCGGCCACCUUCACCAAGGACUACCACUACCUCGUGUUUGGAGCACCUGGAGCCUUCAACUGGAAAGGCGUUGUACGCAUGGAGCAGAGGAACAACACACUGCUAGAGUUGGGUAUCUAUGAUGAUGGACCAUAUGAGGUCAAAUACACAACGCCUGAAGGACUCGAUGAAGUGGCUGUACCUGCUAACAGCUAUUUAGGAUUCUCUCUUGACUCUGGUAAGAUGUUGACUAAGAAAGGUCAGAUAACCCUUGUGGCUGGAGCUCCAAGAGCCAAUCACAGUGGAGCUGUGGUUCUGUUGAGGAAGAAGCCAAACACAGCUAUUAUGGUCGCUGAGUACAUCAUCGAAGGAGAAGGCCUGGCUUCAUCUUUUGGCUACGAACUUGCAGUGGUUGAUUUAAACGGAGAUGGAUGGGAGGAUCUUGUAGUCGGAGCGCCUCAGUUCUUUGUGAAGGAUGGUGACAUCGGUGGUGCUGUUUAUGUCUACAUCAAUCAGAAUGGAAAUUGGGACAAGGCCGUUCGGACCAGAAUAGACGGAGCCCAAAACUCCAUGUUUGGGCUGUCUAUUGAAAACCUUGGUGACAUUAACCUGGAUGGGUUUAAUGACGUGGCUGUCGGGGCUCCGUAUGAUGAAGAAGGAGCAGGAUGUGUCUACAUCUAUCAUGGUUCCAGCAACGGCCUCAAAAAAGAACCUGUUCAGGUUCUGAAAGGAAAAGACCUAAACAUUAAGAUGUUUGGUUACUCCUUAGCUGGUAACAUGGAUUUAGACAACAAUCAAUUUCCAGACUUGGCCAUCGGAUCUCUCUCUGACACCGUAGCCGUGUACAGAGCAAGGCCGGUGGUCAACAUAGAAAAGACGAUCACUACCAGUCCCAAAGACAUAGACCUCACUAAGAAGAACUGUGAUGACAGCAUUUGUCUUAAGGUGACGAUCUGUUUCAAACUGACCUCCAACUCCAAAAACUACAACCCAUCUCUCAAAAUCAAAUACUCCAUCCAGGUGGAAACAAAGAGGAAGCAGCAGGGACUUCCGUCUCGCGCCAUUUUCACCCCACCCACGUCCACCGACACGGACUAUGAGAGCACAGGAGUCAUGGAUCUAAAAACACAGAACGUGCCUGAAUGCUUAACAAAAACACUCAAACUUCAGGAUAACUUAAAGGACAAGCUGAGAGCCGUGCCCAUAGCCGUGAACGUGGAGAUUGUGAAGCAGUCAGGACGCAGGAAGAGACAAACUGGCCUCGUUCAGUUGAGUCCCGUCAUCGCUGCCAGCCAACCGACACUUGCUGAGGUGAAUUUUGUGAAAGAGGGCUGCGGCACUGACCUGAGGUGUCAGAGUAACUUGCAGCUGCAGUAUAAAUUCUGCUCUCGAGAGCCCAAUCAAGACAUCUUCAACCCACUGCCAAUUAACAACGGAGUGCCGGUCAUUUCACUCAGCCACCAGAAGGAGAUUGCUCUGGAGGUCACGGUGACCAAUAAGAACGGAGACGACGCAUACGAGACCGUUCUGACCGCAUCAUUCCCCGGCUCCCUCUCUUACGCCGCAAUUCGCACCAAAGCAGCUGACAAGCAGAUUUUGUGCGUGGCCAAUCAGAACGGGUCUAAAGCUGAAUGUGAAAUGGGAAAUCCUUUCAAAAAAGACUCGGAAGUUGUAUUUUACAUCAUACUGAGCACUGCUGGGAUUUCCUUGGACAUGAAUGAAAUAGAAGUUACACUUGAGCUCAAAACGACGAGCGACCAGGCACCACUGACAGUUACGAAGAAAGCAAAUGUUGUAAUUGAGCUGCUGUUGUCACUUUCUGGGGUGGCUAAGCCGUCUCAGCUGGAAUUCAGUGGAGCCGUAUUAGGAGAAAGCGCUAUGAAGAGGGAAGCGGAAAUCGGCAGCCAGAUCGACUAUGAAUUCCGGGUGAACAAUUUGGGAAAGCCUCUGAAGUCGUUUGGCACUGCAUUUCUGAACAUCGAGUGGCCCAAGAACACGGCAACCAAGAAAUGGCUGCUGUACCUGAUGAAGAUCACUACUGUGGGUACGGAUAAUAUCGCCUGCAAACCAGAUGAGGUCAACGCCCUUAGGUUAAGUUCGGAUCCGUCAUCAUCCAGGAGCAAGCGUGAAGUUAACAAUGGAACUGAAACCGAAAACAAAGGAGUUAUUUCAUCUCUUUUUGCUGACAAGAGGAAAUCUGCAACCUUGAUGUGUGAUCAAGGUGCUUCGUGUGUGACGCUCAAGUGUCCUCUUCAGGGCUUGGACAGCAACGCCGUCAUCGCGCUGAGAGCUCGUCUGUGGAAUAGCACCUUCUUAGAGGAUUACCCUGACAUGAAUUAUGUUGACAUAAUCGUGAAAGCGUCACUCAGUCUGGAGAACGCUCCCAAAAAUGUGCUGCUGAACAAUAAAGAUACUCAGGUACGAUUGACUGUAUUUCCAGUACGUAAGGCAGCACAAUAUGGAGGUUUACCCUGGUGGAUCAUACUGGUGGCUAUAUUACUGGGCCUGCUCCUGCUUGGCUUAUUGGUCUUCCUGCUCUGGAAGUGUGGAUUUUUCAAACGUUCCAAAUACACUGACAGCGUGCCAAGUUACAGCGCCGUGAGGAUUAAGAAGGAAGAGCGCACGCAUCCACUCGGGAAAGAGCAGCCUGCUUCGGGGGAAAAGAAACAGUGGAUGACAUCUUGGAACGAGAAUGAGAGCUACUCCUAGCCUUAUGCUACAUCAGCUGCUAAUGCACAUUAAUAUCCUGCUUUUUAAUAGAAAAAAAAACAAAAAAAACAAUCCAAAGACACUUUCUUUGAGAUGUUGAGUGCUUUGUUUUUGCACACCCUGAACUUCUGAUUGUACAUAUGAUGAAAUGACAAACAACUUGUAAAAACAAAACCUGUAUAUGUGUUAAGGGACUACUUCAGAACCACUUAAUGAAACUGAUAAACGAGAUAAGAAAAGAGAGACGGAUCAUUUUGGACUUUUCAAUGCUUCAAGGAUCUUCACUGUUACAUAUAAGGCAUGUGCCAAUAGUUUCAGCACACACAUCGACAUCGAAAUAACAAGCACUGAAUGUAGGUUUGAGUCAGACAUGAGCUUGUUUCUAUCAUAUUUAAGAUCUCAAAUCGGAGCUUAUAUCAUUUAUAAAUAUAUGAUGUAACCCUUAGCUGUCUACCAAAACGCACAGGCUCCACAGCUGCUGUUAGCGAUCACCGCUACAUGUAUUUAGACUGCAAUUUUUAUAGCGCUGAAGCAUUUCUUACUUAAUCUAUCAACACAUCUGAGGUAAAUGUUGAUAUUCUCCGUAAUUUGGGAACUUUUUCACUGUCCUUCUACCUUCACAUAGUGUCUAAACAAGAGUCAUGCUAGUUAGGUAAACUUUAGUCUCAUUUUCAGGAUCUGUAAGCAGUCUGUUGCCUAGCAACAGUGUCCUGUCAGCUUUAACCUCUCAAACAAACUACUGCAAAUUCUCAACCCCUUUAUAUACUUCAGUAUAAAGAAAGUUGUGGAUUUCUAGUGAUAAAUAAUUUUUAAUAGAAUGUUCUGGUAAUAUAGUAAACCGUGAUUAUCGGUUUAAAAGUUAAGAAAUUAAAUAUUGGCACAUGCCUAGUUGUGUAUAUAUGCUCAUUGUGUUCAGAGAACGUAUUCUCUGGUUCUCGCAAACAAGCCAAAGAUUCUUUAUGCCUUUUUGGCUAGAUUUCGAUCAACUCAAUUUCUAAAGUUCGUUCUUUUAUUUCUUUUUUUUUUUUCGUAAACCGCUUGAGUUUUACUCAGAACCAUUCGGGUGAAUGUAAAUAUUCUUUUAUUUUUUUUUCUUAAGCCGUUAUUUACUUCUUAAUGCUUGUUUUGUAAGAUAGUUUUUUUUAAUUAUUAUUAUUAUAAAUUGUGAAGAUUGGUACUGAUUUCAGUUUCACAUUGAUGUCUGUAAUAGUUUUUUAUUCAUUCACACAGGUCGACAUUUCAGGGUUUGCUGUAAACAUACAAGGACUUAAAUUGGUUAAUCCAAUCUGGCACCUUUUUUAUAUAUAUAUAUAUAUAUAUAAAAGUAUUAUGCAUUUACGGAGGUUGACAAAGAUAUUUAAUUUUUUUUUUACUGGUUACAAAACACGUACCAAAAUAACCAGUGAGUAUUAUUCAGAAAGAAAUGGAAGAUCGAAGGAGAAAACACACAAAAAAACAUUUCACAUUUAAAAACAACACAACUCCUGAAUCUUGUGCAAACACAUCAUUGUUUAAUGAAACAAAAUAAAGUUUUUUCUCUGACAACGUA